CCACUUUUCCAGGGACCCUCUGCACCACACCCAUGGCCUGCAACAACAUCUGCCGUCCCUGCGGACCCACCCCGCUGGCCAACAGCUGCAACGAGCCCUGUGCCCUGCAAUGCCAGGAUUCCCGUGUCGUUAUCCAGCCUUCUCCUGUGCUGGUCACCCUGCCAGGACCCAUCAUGACCUCCUUCCCCCAGAACACCGCCGUCGGAUCCACCUCCUCGGCUGCCGUGGGCACUGAACUCAGUGUGCAGGGACAGCCCAUCUCGGGUGGAUUUGGUGGCUUUGGUGGCUUUGGCUAUGGCCGUGGAUUUGGCUACGGGCUGGGCUGUGGCUAUGGGCUGGGAGGCCUGGGCUGCUAUGGCAGAAGGGGUGGCUACAACUGCUAAGGGCCCUCAGCAGCAACCCUGACACCAACCACCAGCUCCCUGGAACACAUCUCAGGCAUUGAGGACACCUCUCUGGUCCAAGGCUCUCAGAUGGACUCAGAGCUUCCAGCUCCUGCUCUCAGGGCACCAAGCAAGGCAGUAGCCAAGAGGCCAACCUAGGCUGCCCUGCAAACAUGGCCCAUCUGCCUCCUGCUCUUCUCCCACUCCCUGCUCUGCCUCGCCCCUUUGGCUCCCUCUGCUGCAAACCCCUUCUCUCAAUCCAGGGACCUUUGGGUAACCUCUUCUGAGCUGCUCCCACUGUGGGGCAGGAAGGCCUUAAUGCUCUGGCCAGACCGACUGCAAGCAAAGGAUCUGUGCUUAUGGUUGUCCUGUUGCACCUCAGGCCAGCUCCAUUUUAUUUAAUUCUCCUGCUUUUUUUUUUUUAUUUUUAAUUUAUUUUUGGCUUCAAUAAAGUUUUCCUGCAUCAUA